UUAUCAGAACACGGGUGGGGAAAAGUAACGUCUGAAUUGUGUCAAUGCUGAACUUCGAGGAAGUGUUAAAUAAUAUCAACUGAGCGCUGUUUCACCUGACGAGCAACAAUGGACAAGUUGCGUCGUGUAUUAAGUGGAGGAGAGGAGAAUGAAGAAGUGGGACUUACAUCUCAGGGGAAGGAUCAUGUGAGAUGAUGGAUGGCACAACACUCAGUUUCGGCACACGGGUGAAGUGGUUUGUCAUUUGUUUCGCUGGAGGGGUCCUGUGCUCAAUACUUGGAACUGCACUCCUCUUCUUGCCCAAAGCUGGUGUUAAUUUGUUUGCUGUAUUCUACACCCUUGGAAAUAUUGCAGCAAUUUCAAGCACCUGUUUCCUGAUGGGCCCAUUCAAACAGCUGAAGCGAAUGUUCGAGCCCACUAGGCUCAUAGCCACUAUUAUGAUGCUGCUAUUCCUUGUGUUGACAUUAUGUGCAGUGUUUUGGUGGGGCAAAAAGGGUCUGGCAAUCAUCUUCUGCAUUUUGCAAUUUUUGGCUAUGACAUGGUACAGCAUCUCCUACAUUCCAUUUGCACGGGAUGCUGUUAUUAAGUGUUUCACCUCCUGUUUGAGCUAAACUAUCCAGUAUUUCAUCUGACGACCAGACCUGCAGAGUAAAUAUGUUUAAAAAAAAUAUAUAUAUAUUGUUUUUCUCUUUCAUCUCCAAACCACACUGUCCUCUGUGACCUUAAAACAUUUGUUCUUUUGUCUUAAUGUAAUAAUUUUAAAUGAACAUUGUGUAAUAUUAAGGGUGAAUAUGUAAUAUUUGCAUUUAUUACGAGCCUUUUUUUUUCAUCUUUCUAAGACUUUUUUGUUAUUUUUAUUUUGUGUGUUGCGGAUAAAUGCUUAAAAGAUGAUAUACUGCCAGUAAAAAAAAGUGCCUUGUUAUUACAUGUGAUGUUUAUGAAUGAACUCAAUUACUACUGCUCACUUUUGUUGCAUUUCUACCAAUGCUGUUCUACCUUUUCGUAUGAUACCACACAACAAAUGAAUAAAUGCAAUACUCAAAA